AUGUUUGCAGUCUUGAUUACUUUCCCUCUCAAAAGUGGUCUAGAGAAAGAUACCUGGGAUGGUUCCAUAAUUCUGGUAAUUAUAGCAACACUAAAAAUAACAAGAGGUUUUAGAGGUAAUUUCCGUGGACGAAAUAGAAUCAAUGGGAGUCAUUAUUCGUUUAGACUUCGAACUGCUUUAAGCGACAGCAAUAUGCAAAAUUAUGACAGGGGCACAUCAUCGAGCGAUGCUAAAUGUUACGGUUUGGAAAAUGGUACGGUUAACUUAGGAUCAAGUUGGAAUAUUGCGCCUGUGAAACAUGCUCGAUCUAGUGCUUAA